AAAAAAGAAAGCAAAGAAAAUCGCAUCCGUCUUUGGAAGAUCCACCAACCCGGUUCAGGAAACCCAACGCUUGUCAUCGUGUCGACACCACACCUAAUCCGAGUUCUCAAGUUUCUACCUUCCAAUAAACAAAUGCAAAUACAUUUUGGCCAUCUAAUCUGCCCCUCCCAUUUUCCCGGCCCUUCUCCCAUAUCCCAAAUCCCAAAUCCCCAAAAAUCCCAAACAAAAAGAGUAGGAACAAAGUCCACGAAAGAAGAUGCAGCAGCAAAACCCACCACCUCCAAUCCCAACUCCUCCCCACCCACCCUCGCAAAUGGCCGCCGGCGACCCGACCUCCUCUUCCUUCCCCUUUGACUGGUCCGAUCUUCUCGAUUUCAACCUGGAUGAGACGGUCUACGCCCCGUUUCCCGAAGUUGAACCCGAAUCCAGACCCGACCCUGAUCAAGGCCACCCGUCAUCGGACAACUCUGCCCGGGUCAGGAAGAGGGACCCGAGGUUGGUCUGCUCCAAUUUCCUGGCGGGUCGGGUGCCCUGUGCGUGCCCCGAAAUGGACGAGCAGCUGGAGGAGGAAGAGUCGGGCCUUCCUGGGAAGAAGCGGGUCCGGAUGGUGCGGGCAUCCGGAGGGAGCCCUAUGCGGUGCCAGGUGCCGGACUGUGAGGCGGACAUUAGCGAGCUCAAAGGGUAUCACAAGCGGCACCGGGUGUGCUUGCGGUGUGCGAAUGCAACAACGGUGAUGCUUGAUGGGGAGAGCAAGAGGUACUGCCAGCAGUGUGGAAAUGUGGAAGUUUCUUGGAUUGCUGGUCCAUGCAUAUUUAUUGUGGAGUUUAUGAUGGUCAACUUGGGAAGUUUGCGCCUUUUGUUUCAUCUAUUGUCAGAUUUUGAUGAGGGUAAGCGUAGUUGUCGAAGGAAAUUAGAGCGACACAACAACAGACGUAGAAGAAAAUCCAGUGACUCUAAAGGAGGCUCAGGAAAGGAGGUUCAGCAAGUUAGCUGUGCUGAUGAUGCCAGUCCAGACGAUGAUGCUGGAAAAGAUGACAUAUGUCCGAGUAGUCAUAUUGAGGAAAGGGAAUUAUUAUUGGAGCCAGACAGAAAUAUGUCCACAUUAUGUUCAACUUUAGGAUCCCAAAGUCUCCAUGUUGACAGUGUUGCAUCAAUUGCGCCGUCUGGUGUAGUUCAUACGCAACGGCAGAAACAGAAUUCAGUAUAUAGACGCUCCCCGUCCUAUUCCGAUAAUAAGAAUACUUUUACCUCUGUGUGUCCGACUGGUCGGGUUUCCUUCAAGCUUUAUGAUUGGAAUCCUGCCGAGUUUCCCCGUCGACUUCGACAUCAAAUAUUCCAAUGGUUGGCCAGCAUGCCCAUUGAACUAGAGGGGUAUAUUCGUCCUGGGUGUACAAUUUUGACCACUUUUAUUGCAAUGCCAAAGCCAGUUUGGCUCAAGUUGGUGGAGGAACCUGCUCUGUGUAUAAAAAACCUUGUGGCAUUACCUGGAAGCAUGUUGUCUGGAAGAGGCACAAUGCUUGUUUAUUUGAAUGACAUGAUAUUUCGUGUCACAAAAGAUGCAAAUUCAGUAGUGAAAGUUAGGGUGAAAGAUCGCGCCCCAAAGCUUCACUACAUACAUCCAAAUUGCUUCGAGGCUGGCAGGCCAAUGGAAUUUGUGGCCUGUGGAAGUGAUCUACUUCAACCUAAGUUUCGGUUUCUUGUUUCAUUUGCUGGACGUUACCUUGCGUACAAUAUAUGUGUUUCAUCACUGUGUUGUAUUAAAGGAGAUAGCAACAGUUUUGAUCACCAGCUGGUGAAGAUAUCUGUCCCUCAAACAGAUGCAAGUCUUGUAGGUCCAGCUUUUAUCGAGGUCGAGAACCAGUCUGGACUAUCCAAUUUCAUUCCAAUUCUCAUCAGUGAUAAAGAAACUUUUGCUGAAAUGAAGAUUUUGCAACUAAAGUUCAACAAUACCUUAUCCUCCCAAGAACGAGAUUCUCCUUCAAGGUCCGUGUGCCAAGUGUUAGCCUUGACACAAGCACAAUUUUCAGACUUCCUUUUAGAUGUAGCAUAUUCGCUCAAGAAACCUGUAUCCGGAUACCAGAUGACACCUUCUCACGUGCAAAGAUUCAACUAUUUAUUGAACCUUCUCAUAGAAAAUGAAUCCUCUGUUAUUUUGGAGAGAAUUGUUUGCACGUUGAGAUCUGCAAUUGAUGACAAUUUGGUGGCUGACAUUUCUGAUGAAGAUAUGAGAUCAUUAAGGAAAAACAUGGAGAUUGCAGAAAGUGAGCUUGAUUGGAGGUUGGAAGGAAAAGUUCCCACAAUGAAGCCUGAUGUGAACAAACCUGUUUAUAGUCAAGGCUCCCAGAAGGACAAACAGCUUGUUGUUCAAGCUUCUAGUACGGAUAUGCAUGGAGCAAUGAAGGAUAAUAAUAAUAACGUUGGGGCCAGAGAAUUCUCAAUAUCUCCAGAUGAAGAGCCUCUUUUAAAUGGAGAAGUUGUAAUGAAUGUUAAUAUUCAUGCGAAGCCACGUAAACCUUGCAGUCUGGUGUUGUCGAGAACAUUCUCAACUUCACGCCCACUUUUGAUUGCUAUAACGGUUAUUUGUGUGUGUUUGGGAGUAUGUGCAGUUGUUGUUCACCCUCUAAGGGUAAGCCAGAUAGCCACAACUAUACGGAGGUGUCUAUUUGAUAGUUUCUAGUGUUAAUUCAAACUUCAUAACCUAAACUCUCUCUCUCCCUCAUAUGAAUGUACAGGAUGUUGUGCAUGGACAUUGGUUUUGUUGAGUCCCCCUUAAAGGGACAAGAAACUUGCAGGGGACAAAUAAAUGUAAUCCAAGGUUAUUUUAACCUAAAUAUUGUAUGCUUUUGUUGUAUGUAAUGUUGUUUAAGGUUUAGUUCAUCUUUUAUUUGUUUGUUUGGUUAUUUUGGUACUGUUUCAUGUUGGUAAGUCUAUAUAUGAAACUGAUCUUGUUAAUGGAUUUUGCUGUCCUGUGCUGGUAAUUUUUCUGCUGAUUGAUGGCUGAUUUUUAUGAGAUAAUGGUGAAUUUGGUUUUGCUGAAAUGUCUACUGAGAUCAUGAGAGCUUCUAUCAGAUGAGACGGUGAAAACCUCUUGGGGCAUAGAGGUCUUUGUUGACACAUCAUGACUGAAUUCGAGGCAAACUACGAUUUCAUGGAGAUAUUGGCCUUGUUUAGCGACCAACGGAUAGUGGAUUGUAUCAGCGGGUAGUGGAUAACGGAUUAUAUUAGCUGAUUUGACCAGCGGAUUGUAUUAACGGCUUUUAAAUAAGUGUUUGGUAAAUAGCUGAAAGCUUAUAGUUGUUUAACAUUGCAAAAUGACCAAUAAGGAUAUUUUAUUAUUUAGGGUGUAUUCUUUUAAUAAUAAUAUAUUAAAACAUUUAAUAUUCUUUA